ACGACUUGUUAAGCGGCGUGUCUUCAAGUGUCGUGCAUGCAUUUUAUGCAAUCUGUUUGCUUUGCAUGCACUCUCUCUCCCCCUUCUCUCUCACAACACACAAAUACACGACUUGGGUAAAAGCAAUAACCACCGCCGUCACGCUUUCCGGGAACAUCUUCGCCGGGCUGACUUCGGUCUUCUUCGGCUUGGACUAUUAUCAAUUAUUAGAAGCAGUAGUAUUGCUAUUGCUUGGGAAAUUAGAGUGUUAUAAGCGUAAACGGUAGAGUGGAUUUGUUUUUGUCAAUGUGAUGAGAGGCAAUUCUAGAUUUUUCUUCUUCAACUACUGGGACAAGGGGUUUUAGGGUUUUGAUUUGGAUUUGCGUCUUGUUCUGUUUGAAGCCUUCAAUUUUGGCUUAAUGGCGUCCAAAAUUUGCAUGAAUGCCUCGUGUGGAACAACCGCCCCUCACGAAUGGAAGAGAGGCUGGCCUCUACGAUCCGGUGGAUUUGCCGAUCUCUGCCACAAGUGCGGAUCUGCCUAUGAGGAUAUGGUUUUCUGUGAUACCUUCCACACAGAGGAAACUGGUUGGAGGGAAUGCAGUUUAUGCAGCAAGCGUAUCCACUGUGGAUGCAUAAUCUCUAGACCUUUGUAUGAGUACAUGGAUUUUGGCGGUGUGGGGUGUAUUAGCUGCGCAAAAAGCUCUGGACUUUUUUCAAUCUGGAGGGGUGACAUUCUUAAUGGAUUUGGUUCAUUGACUGUAAAUAAUGUUGGUGAUUCAUUAUCCAGUGCUUUUGGGAAAAGAUUGGUUAGUGAUGGUGUCGAUGAGGGAAAACUUAUGCAAUUGUGCAGAAUCAUGGAAGCUAAUGAACCAAACCUCUUGCAUCAAUCUCAGAGAGGUGAAGCAAAUGCAUCUCAAGUUGGCACUGGCUUUUCGAAUGCGACUCAACCAUCUGUUGGGUCAGUAACAUUUUCCAAACCAGACAAUAGCAGACAAAUGUUAGAGGGAAAAGAUACACAUGAAUCACUAGCUCAGCCUUCUUUGAGUAUGACCUUGGGAACUCCAAAUUUUGUGCUACCCUUUUCUGGUGGAGUUGUAGAUGGAAUGGAACAGAGCAAAACACCUUCUCCCUUCCAGCAAGGGCAAAGAUCUCGCCCCAUAUUGCCCAAACCCCUGAAAACUGGCCUCAGUGUAAGUCCAGAGACAAAUAAAAGUCUGGUUCAGAUGCGAAUUGCUAGGCCACCUGCUGAAGGACGUGGGAAGAAUCAGUUACUUCCUCGAUACUGGCCGAGGAUUACUGACCAAGAACUGGAGCAACUAUCUGGAGAUUUGAAUUCCACUAUUGUGCCAUUGUUCGAGAAAGUGCUUAGUGCCAGCGAUGCUGGCCGAAUUGGUCGUUUGGUUCUCCCAAAAGCAUGUGCUGAAGCAUAUUUUCCUCCUAUUUCUCAAUCAGAAGGCCUGCCCUUAAGGAUUCAAGAUGUGAAGGGGAAUGAGUGGACGUUUCAGUUCAGAUUUUGGCCCAAUAACAACAGCAGGAUGUAUGUUUUAGAGGGUGUUACCCCUUGCAUACAAUCUAUGCAAUUACGAGCUGGUGACACUGUGACAUUUAGUCGGAUAGAUCCUGGAGGUAAACUUGUCAUGGGGUUUCGAAAGGCGUCGAACACUGAAGACACACAGGAUGCUCAGACAUCUGCCCUUCCUAAUGGCACGCCUUCUAGGGAAAACUCCUUUUCUGGUGUUAUUGAGAAUCUGCCUUCAGGCAGUGGUUACUCUGGGCUUUUUCAAACAAUGAAAGGAAGCAGAGAACCUCUUCUAAAUGCUCUUGCUGAAAAUGUGCAUAUAGGGGAUGGGGAUAUUGGGAUGUGUAAAAGUGAUAACCAUGGAGCCAGGAUAAUUGAAGAUUCAUUGCAGCAACCAACACCAAUUUCCGAGAAGAAGAAGACUCGAAAUAUUGGCUCUAAAAGUAAGAGGCUGCUAAUGCAUAGUGAAGAGGCUCUGGAGCUGAGACUUACAUGGGAAGAAGCACAAGACUUGCUUCGUCCACCCCCAAGCGUCAAGCCAAGCAUUGUUACUAUUGAGGAUCAUGAAUUUGAAGAAUAUGAUGAACCACCGGUUUUUGGAAAGAGGACUAUAUUCACUACCCUCCCAUCUAGGGGACAGGAGCAAUGGGCUCAGUGUGAUGAUUGCUCCAAAUGGCGAAGGUUGCCUGUGGAUGUUCUUCUCCCUUCGAAGUGGACGUGUUCAGAAAAUGUUUGGGAUUCAAGCAGGUGCUCCUGCUCCGCUCCAGAGGAGAUCAGUCUAAAGCAAUUGGAGAAUCUUCUUAGAGCAAGCAAAGAUUUCAAGAAGCGAAAAGUUGCAGAAAGCCACAAGUCUGUCCAAGAACGGGAACCUUCUGGCUUGGAUGCUUUAGCCAGUGCUGCAGUGCUGGGAGAUAAUGUGGGAGAUUUGGGUGAACCCUCGGUUGGAGCCACCACCAAACAUCCCCGACACCGCCCUGGCUGCUCUUGUAUUGUGUGCAUCCAGCCCCCAAGUGGGAAGGGCAAGCACAAGCCCACGUGCACAUGCAAUGUAUGCAUGACUGUAAAGCGCAGGUUUAAAACCCUAAUGUUGCGCAAGAAGAAACGCCAAUCAGAGCGUGAAGUGGAGGCUGCACAAAAGGAUGAAAACCGCCAUAAGGAUGAACCUGAAAUGAAUGGCAUAUCAAGAGAUGCUUUGUUGCCUACAAAUCAUCCGGAGAAUGAAGCCAGCCACAAUAGAGAUCAAGCUGAGGAGGCUGAGACCAGCAACGGACAAAUAGACCUGAAUUGCCAUCCCAACCGCGACGACAUGCAACUGGAUCUGGAGGUACCAGGAAUGAGCCUGUUGAGCCUUGUUCAAGCAGCCAGCCUUCCGUUAGAAGAUUUUAUGAAGCAAAGUAGGAUCCCAAGCUUGACAUGCGAGCAACAGGGUAGCCUGGGUUCCUGUAUACUCACACAAGUUACUGGAGAGAGCGAGAGACGGAGAUGCCUGUCUGAUGAAGGGGGCCAUGCAUCUGGGGGUUGGGAGCAUGAGAGUAGAGGUGAUGGAGGGUAUCAUGAGUCUAAGUUAGACUGAAACGAUCUUCCAUGAAGACUGAAGAGGUUUUUUUUUUUCUUUUCACCUCUCUGAGAGUAUAGUUUUGUUUGCUUUCUAUUAUUAUAAAUGGGCAGUGUUACUCGUCUUUUUCUCUAUAGUUAACGAAUGUAAUAUUUGUCCUUUUACCAAUUGUCAUCUUUUGCUUGUUCAUGUC